AUGCACACGGCGCCCGACAUCGUCGUCGACGGCAUUCCGCGCCGCCUGCUCGCGCCGUCGCCUGGGAGCACCGCAGCGAAACUCGGGCUGCUAGCGCCCAGCGUGGCGCAAGUGCUGCAGCAGUCCGUCCCCACGCCUACCAGUGCGAGUCAAGCAGCACCCAAUUGGCCGUUUCAGCCCACCACGGGUGCAGCGGCGCAAGCCGGAAACUACGCCAGUUGGUCGUCCGCUUGCCCGAGCCCUCCGUCGCAGCUCCCUGUUGCAUCGCCUACGACGAGCAGUUGCCCCGUAGCUUGGGCGCCACCCUCAUCGCUGGUCGCGGCGUCGCAGGCUCCCCCGGGCAACGGGGGUGGUGCAGCAGCCGUCUCACAAACUCCCACGCUGCAUGCACCCCCGUCAGCCCAGGUGUUCCCGCCAGCGCACGGCUCCGCCGAGUGGCCCGGAAGCACGCCAGCGACGUGCCAGCCCACGACGCGCGUGUCGCUCAGCGCGUGCAGCGACGACGGCACAACGGGCAGCCCGCAGGUGUCGCACAUGCUUCCACCGCUCCUACCGUUGUCGUCGGGGUGCUUAUCGCAACCCGCCAGGGAGCCCUGGCCUCUCGAGCGCAACCAGUCCGUGACCAGCAAACCCGCUAUCCAGCUGAGCGCUCGCGAUGCCUGUACCAGCGGCGCUGCCGCAGCUCCCGCCGGCGCCCAGGGUCUUCCGCCUUCCGCCUCUCCCUCGUCCUUUCCGGAACAAGUUUCGGCCAUCCCACCUUCCCAUGAGCCGACGGUGCGCGUGAAUUGUGGCAACGGGCCCCCACAAUCGCCUCUCCACACCUUCCUCACCUUAGCGCCUCCGUCUAAACAAUCGCCCCUCGCUCUCCCGACGAACCCGUCCUCCGCGGGGGCUGCACCGACGCACGUGCCGAGUGUGGGGGAGGCACAAUCGCUGGCUGAUGAUGACUCGCUUGCUGUAGAGUCGCUGCUGCUUAUCCGUGCUCUUCGUGAACGCCCUCAAAGGAAGCUAGAGACAGAAACUGUCUGUGAAGCGACUCAAGCCAUGACUCGGACCAAGGCAGGCGGCCAUGGCCGCGUCAUGGGGUUGCGCCAUCUCAUGCCGCUCGUGCUGGCCGUGGCUCUCGCCGUGCUGCCGCCGUCAUGGGCGGCGGUGGAAGCAGCCAUCGUCACUGACCCUGCGGAAGUGUUACUACCUAGUCCAUGUGUGCCUGCUCCUUGUGUGCGGUUUCCUGAAGCACCUCUUCAUCUCAGACAGGCUGUCUCAUGUGCUGUCGCCGCACCAUUCCUUUAUCUUGUCGUCUACGAAAAAUCUCCUCGUGUCCCAUCCACUGACUCAUGUCCCUUUCACUCUCUCUGUCACUCUCUUGUUCCUUCCUCUCCACCCUCCCCCGCUCCCCCCCUCCCUCGGCGUGUUACCUGCGGAUCAGCCAUCCUCACCCCGUUCGCCCUCCCUACACCUCCCCCUUCCUCUCCGCCCUGCAGCUCACUGCGGGCAGGUCUCGUGGGGUCGCUCUCGCCUCAAGUUCUGCGCCUCCCCAACCUCGAGUCGCUGGUGUUGGGGCAGGUCAGUUUCAACGCCACAGCGCUACUGCCAAUCAUCAACGGCCUCACGCACCUCAAGCAACUGGCGCUCAUGUCAACGGCGCUCAACUACCGUGCCAGCCAGCUCGCCCUCGCCAACAUGACGCGCCUACAGGACCUCACGCUGCAGCGUAUCGGGCUGUCAGGGCGCCUCAGUGACCUGCACCUGCCGCUCAUGCCCUCGCUGCUGCGCAUUGACCUGUCAAUGAACAGUCUCACGGGGGAGAUCCCACAGGAGCUCGCCUCGCACCCCUUCUCCCACAUAGACCUCUCCACCAACGCCCUCUCAGGCGCCAUCCCCCCGCCUCUCAUCGCCUCGCCUGCCCUUGUCAACCUCAUUCUAUUCGGCAAUGAGCUGGAAGGGGCCCUUCCGGAAAACUUCACCACCGCCACAUCGCUGCAGCACCUCGACCUCUCAAAUAACGGCUUCACGGGGGAGAUCCCGCAGAUCUACAAGGAGUGCUCCUUCGUUGAGCUCUCGCCCUUCCUCAACCUGUCGAGCAACGGGCUGACGGGGUACGUGCCUGGGAGCAUCGGCGAGUACUCGCUGCGCAACGUCAAACACUUCGUCCUGUCAGUGCUGCCCCCCCCUCCUGCCAUCUCCUCUUUCAAUUCUUCAACCAUAACCGCUUCUUUCAAUCCUUUCACUGCCACCUCAUCGUCUCACUUCCACCUCAUCGUCUCACUGGCACCUCAUCCUGUCACUGCCACCUCAUCCUGUCAGUCUCCUCUCCCCUUCCUUGCCUCGUCUCUCCAUGUGUACCACCACCUGCCUGACUCUGCCUCCAUACUCACCACCCUCCCCCCACCCCAUCCCAUUCCUCACCUUCCCCCGCUGCCAUAUUCUUCCUGCCCGACGUGCCACCCUCCCUCCCCUGCUGCUCCUCCCCAUACCUACCACUCUUCUGUCGCCUCUCCUGCCUUCUCUCCCUCCCCUCUCCCGCCCCUCCCCCCUGCCAGUCUGGAUGGCAACGCUGGUUUCUGCAACCACCCUGGGUACCCACCAUGCCCAGCACGUUCCCCUGUCAUAGCUGACUCUACUACCUCAGGAGGAUCGUCAAAUGACUCACAGCAGCAGCAGCAGCAGCAGCAGCAGCAGCAGAAGCAGCCUUCAUCCAGCCUUUCCCCAGCAGCAGUGGCGGGCAUCGCAACAGCAGCAGUGGCAGGGGUGGCGGCACUGGUGCUGGCAGCGCUGGUGUUGGUGCACAUGCGGCGUGCGGAGGGCGAGCGGAGGAAGGAGGAGGAGCAGGGGCUGAAGGGCAAGGGCGACCCCAGAGACGCUGUCAGCCUCUGGCUGCCUGACUCGGGGGUGGGCGGCAAGAAGGGGGCCAGCGGCAAGUGGACCUCUGCAGACUCUAGCGGCAAGACCAAAGUGUUCUCGGAGAAGGCAAAGAAGGCAGCAGCAGCGCGGCUGGAGGGCUCGUUGCUGUUCUGUCUGGACGAGCUGAUCGCGGCUACCAACGGCUUCCACCCCACCGCGCUGCUGGGCCGCGGGGGCUUCGGCCACGUGUACCACGGCGUGCUGCCGGCAUUAGACGAGGGCGAGGAGGGUGAGGCAGUGGCCAUCAAGGUGCUGCACUGGGAGGAGGGCGAUGCGGGUGCGGGCGGGCAGGGCGAGAGGGAGUACGAGACGGAGGUGGACCUGCUGAGCCUUGUCAGGCACCGCCACCUGGUGCGACUGGUGGGGUUCUGCAGCGAGGGCCAGCACCGCAUGCUCGUGUACGAGUACAUGCCCCGGGGGAGCCUCGCCCAGCACCUUCACGGCGGGCAGGAGGCAAGGCUGCCGUGGUCAGCACGACAGGUGCAGGGCACGUGGGGGUACGUGGCACCGGAGUACCUGGCGGGGGCGGCGGUGAGUGAGAAGGUGGACGUGUAUGCGUUCGGUGUGCUUCUCCUCGAACUCGUCACCGGCCGCUCUCCCCUCGGCGACUCCAAACUGGUCACCUGGCUACUGCUUUCAUCUUCCUCAUCUGAAUCCUCGCUCACCUUGCGCCUGCCCUCCAUGCACUGGCAGGCGGAGGAGGUGGUGGCGAAGGGCGAGCUGGGGGCGCUGGUGGACCCGCUGCUGUUUGGGGACUACAACGAGGGCGAGCUGCGAUGCCUCGUGCACAUCAUCUUCCUCUGCCUGCACCACCACCCCGAUGACCGCCCCGCCAUGUCCCACGUGGUGCAGCUGCUGGAGGGCGAGGCAGCAGGGCAGGCAGCAGGCGGGCAGAUCACCCUGCCGCACAUUGCAGUCUCCCUGCCGCAGUCCACCAUGCCUCACAUGAGCCCUCCUCAAAUCUGA